AGAAGAAGAAGAAGAGAAGAAAACUGGUUAAUUAGCUAUGGCCAUUAUUAUUACCACCUCUUCUUCUUCUUCUUCUUCUUCUUCUUCUUCAUUUUUGAUAAGUUGUUUUCUUUUAUUAUUAUCAUGUGUUUGUGUUUUUGGUUUGGAAUCGAAAGAGAGUGUUAUUAAUAGUCAUCCUCAUCACUAUACUCAUACUCUUCCACUCAACUCUCUAUUUCCAGCUUCCACUUGCGACUCUUCCUCCACAGUGGACAACAAUGAGGCUACAUUGAAAGUGAUCCACAAGCAUGGACCGUGCUCCCCACACCAAGCCAAAACCGACCACACUCAAAUCCUCCAACAAGACCAAUACCGUGUCAACUCCAUCCGAUCCCGUCUUUCCGACAAUUCUGCGGCCCCCACCGCUCGUGGCGGCCGCAAGGGUCGGGGCGGGGGCACGGGAGAAAAGAAGGACGCCAUCACUCUCCCGGCCAAGUCAGGUGCGGUGUUGGGGUCAGGCAACUACAUAGUGACGGUGGGACUCGGCACACCAAAGAAAGACCUUUCGCUCAUAUUCGACACGGGUAGUGACAUAACUUGGACCCAAUGUCAGCCUUGUGCCAAGUCGUGCUACGACCAAAAGGAACCUAUCUUUGAUCCCUCCAAGUCCUCUACUUACUCUAAUGUUUCAUGUACCUCUGCUGAGUGCACAACACUCAAAUCUGCCACAGGUAACACUCCAGCUUGCUCUUCUGGUUCGUCCACGUGUAUUUACGGCAUCCAAUACGGCGACCAAUCCUUCUCCGUCGGCUACUUCUCCAAAGAAAGACUAACGCUGUCAUCCUCCGCCGUUAUAGAUAACGUCCUCUUCGGCUGUGGCCAAAACAACCAAGGCCUUUUUGGUGGUUCAGCGGGCCUAUUGGGCCUGGGCCGAAACAAACUCUCCAUCGUCGAACAAACGGCCCAAAAAUACAACCGCUACUUCUCCUACUGCCUCCCCAGCACCUCCAGCCAAACCGGCUACCUAACCCUAGGCAACGCCGCCAAAGCUUCCGACUCCGUCAAGUACACGCCGCUCUCCACCAUCUCUGGCGGAGCGUCAUUCUACGGUCUUCAGGUUCUCGGCAUAAGCGUAGGUGGGAAGAAGCUGCCGAUUUCGCCGUCGCUCUUCCAGUCGUCCGGUACGAUCAUCGACUCCGGCACUGUCAUCACGCGGUUGCCGCCGACGGCUUACGGCGCCAUAAGCUCGGAAUUCAAGAAGCAGAUGAGCAGCUACCCAGUAGCUCCGGCGCUGUCGAUCCUGGACACGUGUUACGAUCUGAGUAAGUAUAAAACUGUGACGAUACCGAAGAUCGCAUUUACCUUCGGCGGCGGUACAACGGUGGAGCUGGACUCGACGGGGAUACUCUACGCGUCGAAGAUUUCUCAGGUGUGUUUGGCGUUCGCCGCCAACGGCGACGAUGGUGACGUGGCAAUAUUUGGGAAUGUUCAACAGAAGACUUUGCAGGUAGUUUAUGAUAUAGGCGGAGCGAAAAUUGGGUUUGGGACACGUGGCUGUUAGUUAAUUAAUUAUUGAUUAAGCUGAGCUAACUAAAGAUUAAAGAAAGAAAAGGUUAUUUUGUUUUGAGAUUAUUAUUAGCUCAAAGCAUAAAUAAGUUAGUUAGCUCCUCCAAGCUUAAUUUAAAAGAAGAAAAAAAAUGUUUUAAUACACAUUUAUAAUUGAAAUGUUAGUGAAAAAUAUGGUAAAGGGGAAAGAAAGAAAGAAUAAGUACUCGUAAUUUGUACUUAUAUAAGUCGUUGUUGGUGGUGGAAGAUUUGUAAUUGUGAAAUUAAUUUCUAAGCCAAUGAAAAGAUUAUCUUUUUAUUU